AAAAGGCAGAGCAUUAAUAAAUUUUUGUUUUAAAAAAAAACAAUAUAUAAAUACCCCUCUCCCCUCCACUAGGGAGAGAGGGAAUUAGACCGAAGUAAAAGGCAUGCAGUGUGUUGUGUCAAUGUUUUAGAGAGAGAAAACCAAAACGCGCUCCCGCCUUUCUAGAGAGAUAAACAACAGGCGAGAUUUUCCCACUGCUACAGUCGCUUUUUUGGGUGUUUGUUUUCAGAGGUUUGGGCUGUGUGAAAUAUGGAGUGGCCGACGUAUUUGGAUGAAUAUGAAAAGCUUCUUAUUCGAAUGUCUACGCCGAGGGUCAUGAUCGACAAUGCGGGAUGCUCCAACGCGACACGCGUCACGAUCGAUAGUGCUAGGAAGCACGGAAUUCUUCUGGAAGCUAUUCAGGUUUUGACGGAUUUGAAUCUGUCAAUUAAGAAGGCUUACAUUUGCUCCGACGGGCGGUGGUUCAUGGACGUUUUUCACGUGACCGAUUUGAACGGAAACAAAUUAACUGAUGAGAGCGUUUUGGGCUGCAUUGAGGAGUCACUCGAGACGGUUCAUUACGGUAGAUCGAAAAGCAUUGAUGGCCUAACUGCCUUGGAGCUAACGGGCACGGAUCGGGUGGGGCUGCUAUCCGAGGUUUUCGCGGUGCUGUCGAAUCUGCAGUGCAAUGUGGUUGAUGCCAAGGUGUGGACCCACAACGGCCGGAUCGCGUCCUUGAUCUACUUGAAGGACGAUGACUCGGGGUGCCCGGUCGAGGAUUCUGAGAAGCUGGAGAAGAUGGAGGGGAUGUUGAGGAAUGUAUUGAGAGGGGAUAAUGAUAUCCGGAGUGCUAAAACCUCGGUGUCUCUGGCCGUGACUCACACGGAGAGACGGCUUCACCAGAUGAUGUUCGCGGAUAGGGACUACGAUGGCAAUGUUUGUGGCGAUGCCCCUGUUGUGUUGGUGCAGAACUACUUGGAGAAGGAUUAUUCUGUUGUGAGUAUCCACUGCAAGGAUAGGAACAAGCUUCUGUUUGACGUGGUUUGCACGUUGACGGAUAUGGAGUACGUCGUUUUCCAUGCCACCGUGGACACAUCGGGCGACAGAGCAUCCUUGGAAUUCUUCAUCAGACACAUGGAUGGGACCCCGAUAAGCUCGGAGGCCGAAAAGCAGCGCGUGAUCCUCUGCAUUGCUGCUGCGAUCAAAAGGAGAGCAUCUCAGGGUGUUAGGCUCGAGCUCUGCACGGUCGAUAGGAAGGGUCUCCUGGCCGACGUGACACGGACAUUCCGUGAGAAUGGGCUCAACGUGGCGAGGGCAGAGAUCUCGACCACGAUGGGGACGGCCCGCAACGUGUUCUAUGUGACGGACGCGGUUGGCAAUGCUGCCGACGAGAAGAUCAUCGACUCGGUCCGGCAGAAGAUCGGGGUGAGUAGCUUGAAAGUUAAGGAGCUGCCGUUGAUCUACCACGACAAGGGGGAGAGGGAGGAGGCGACGACGGCCAUGAUUUGGUCGAUUGGGAGCAUGGUGAGGAGGAAUCUAUACAACUUGGGAUUGAUCAAAUCUUGUUCUUGAUUUUGUUUUUGUUUGGUGGCAUAUUCUUUGCUUCGAUGCUUUGAGGUUUGGCUUGGCUGUCUGGAUUGAGAGAUUGGCCUACAAACGCAUACUAGGUGGAUGACAUGGGGCCCACCUCCCCAACCCCUUUUUCUUAUUAAAUGUAGUAAAUUUAGAGUGAAAUUUAUGGUUGGAGGGAUUAGAUGAGAGAAGAUUAGGUUGGUAGUAGUGGUUAGAAGGGGAUCUUGGUUUCGUAGGAUAUAUGUGUGUGUACAUAUCUGUCUUCUGUAAAUACUUGAAAACUUUUUCUUUUUCGAAUUUUAAUUAACUAAUCUUUUUCUUGUUUAUAA